AUGAGAAGCGGCGGCGCGAGAUCCCUCUUACCUAAUCAUCGUUCCUGCGGGAAUUGGCGCUUGCGCUUCGACCUAGGACCAAUAAGUCUCAACUGGUUUGAAGAACUCAGUUCAGAAGCUCCACCUUAUUCUGUUAAAAUAACAGAGGACCAUGAACAUAAAACUGACCAUUUGGAUCAAAGUACUUUUAAAACACCACGGGCGAAGCUGUCUGCAAGUGGCCUAACGGCAUCAACUCCAAUGAUUUUUAAAGAACAGAAUAAAACUGUACAACUAUUUUCUUCUCCUAUAAAAGAAACUGGCAAGAGCAACACAGAAACAGAUGGAAAUUUUAAUGAAACUUGGAGGAUGAGGGUACAAGUGGAUCAAUCAAGUGAUACAGCAGAUCCUUCUAGUUCCUGUCUCCUUGCAAGUCCUGCCUUUGUAAGAGAAACGUGUGGAACACCACAGGGUGCCAAAUCUGUGCUAGGACGAAGCUUGUUGGGUACACCAAAUCUUUUUGAGUUUCAAACACCAAAAUGCAUUUCUGAGAGUUUGGGAGCAGAAGCAGAUCCUGACAUGUCUUGGUCGAGUUCACUAGCAACACCCCCUACACUUUCUCCAACAGUCAUAAUAGAGAGAGGGAAUAAUUCACUUUCUGGAACAAAGCAGCAUAAUGAAAGGAUUGAACUGAUCAUGUGUAGCCUUUUCUCUAAGUAUGGUAGAAGUCUCAAGAAAAAUAGUAUGAAUAGGGAAUCUGCAUCAAGACUUGAAAGUUUCUGUGCAGAAUCUGACUGUAAAACUCAUAAUUUUAAAGUAUUAUUAAAUGGAUCUUCUGGUAAGAACAUGCCUCUCAGUAAGUUAGAUGGUUGCAAAAUGGCACCAGAUAAUCCAAAGGAUGGAGAUAUGUAUGACAGGAUAAAAAGUGAUACUUCUGCAUGUCUCUGCAGCAGCAAAAUUUUGCUAAGAAAAGUAAAAACAGCCCAACAGAGUAAGAACAUGAGUUUUGAUAAAACAAAAUGUGAUGAAUCUCAGGAAAACAAUGAAGCAAUUACAGAUUCUAAAGACAGAAGUAUAGCAAAAUAUGAAAAAGAGUUAAUUUCUUCCAAAUGUGAUUUUCAAAAAAUGAUGACUCCAAUUAACAGACCACAAAAGCAUUCUGAAAAUCAGAAGAGUAUAGUGAGAGAGGAGGAAAUAUCAUCUUUGCCGAGUUCAUGGUCUCAGUUGGACUUGUCUGAUCUUCAAAUAACACAGCUUGAAAAAGAGGCCUCAUUGUGUACUGGUUCCUCAUUUGACAGUAAUGAACCAUCUGUUUUGAAAAAAUAUAUUGGUACCAAAACACUGGAGUCAUUUACGCUAAACACAUCAACUCAUAUAGAAGGUCAGAAGUUACUGAACAUCAGCUUUCCAGAAAAAGUGCCACCUCCUGAAACCUCUCCAUCAGCUGUAGCUAUUUUGAGCAAGAAAUGCCCACCACUGGUGGAAGUCUGUAAGCCUGAGGAAGCUUCUUUUGUAAGUGUUUCAGAGGAUGAUUCUUUCUCAGUAGAAAACACAACUUCAGCAGAUCUUUCAGAAGUCAAUAGCAGUUGCUGUAGUGAUUACUUAGGAGAAAAUUGUAAAAUGCCAUGUGGCCCUCUUCAGGUUAAUAUUUCAUCUGCAACUGCUAGAGAUGGCAGAGGACUCACAAAGUCAGGCUUGAAUGCCAUGAGUAAAAUUUCCAGUUUGAAAAGACGUCCUAAAAAGUUUAUUUACACCAUAAAUAAUACUGCUUAUCAGAAAGAAGGAAUAAUGCAUAGAGAUGGAUCUUCAGCUUGUCUUCCAGUCUGCCCAGAUUUAAAAUCUUGUCUCUCUGAAGUUUCUGAAUCACUCAUCAAGAAUGAUGGGCAAAUUGAAAAAAAUUCAGAUAUUAAGCAUUCUAUUGAAGAGAAAUCAGAAUUAGAGGACAACAAAAAUUAUAUUCUUACUAAUGGUUUUUAUGAAACUCCAUGCAACAAAAGUAUUAGCACAGAAAGUGAUUUUACCUCAGUUUCUUUCCUGAAAGACAACAAAAAAGAAAACACUGGUCCCAGUCAUAUGGCCGCUAAUCAUCCAAUAGAGAAAAGUGAAAACAAGUUCUGUGUGAUUAAUCCAAAGGAGGCUUCAGAUAGUGAGAACAGUGGAAAUUAUUUCAGUCUCACAAAUUUUAGUACAUUGCCAGAAGCAGAUCUUGAGGAAUCUGCAUCAUCAAUACAAGCAUCAAAAAAAGGAAAUAAACAAGCAGACCUGGAAUUAAUUACACAACAUUCUUUCUCAGUCUGCACUCAAAUGCCUGAACUUGGACAUCAGUCAAAGAAAGUGCUCAAACCUACUACAGAUGAAUCUUCUGAACUUAUAAUACCAUCAAAAAACUUAAAGACUAGGCAACUUCUUCUCUUAGACUCAAAAGAAAAUGCCAGUGCUAGCAGGCAGAGCUUGUUAGAAUGUAUAAAUCACAGCAAAACACAAAACUUCAGUUGUUUCAAAACAGCAUCUUAUAAACAAAUAGAACUAUCUGAUAACAUCAUUAAGAAAGGGAAAUUGCUGUUCAAAGACAUAGAAGAUCUGUUUGUCGAGGAUUUUCCUAGUGAUGAAACACAGAAUAUUUCAAAUCAAAAUACAGAGACACAUCCUGAGGUUUUUUCACUUGGGAGAAAUGAAAUUAAUGAGAACCCAUCUAAUUUGUCACUUGUUUCUGAUUCAUUGGUGAAUUGUGCUCAGUUCAAUGAUACCCAAAACAUUCCUCCUGAACGUGACAACAUUUCUUCUCAGAUUAUGCUUAAAAAUCAGCAGUUUGGUGGGAGACCACAUUUAACAGCAAGUCAAGAAGCUGAAGUUGCUGAACUCUCUAACAUACUGGAAGAAAGUGGAAGUCAGUUUGAUUUUACACAGUUUAGAAAACACAAGACUCUCAUAUGUGGUAAUGCUUGUGAGCUGAGUGGAACUUUUGAUAAAAAUGGUGUGAAUUCUGAAGUUUGGACAGAUAUUGAUUUUGAGGAAAGCACUGAAGAAAAAACUCAAAGAAGCAAUCAUGUAUCUCCUAAUAUACAUAUCAGCAUAGCUAAGGAAUCCAAUGUGCAUAUACAAAAUGGAGAAGAGAUUAUAUCGACAAAUUCAAGCGGUAAACAAAACAGACAUUUAGUUCCGAUCAUUUCAGCACCUUUGCAGUGUGAUAUUUGGAGCUUCGGUUCACCUGGAGGCAAAGAGAUAAACAGAGCUGCAAAAUCAGGCAGUGAUGUGAAAGAAGUAGAUGAAAUGCUUGAGCCUUCUCAGAAAACAAAUUUUCAGACUGAUUGUUCAAACAGAUAUAAUAGUUGGUGUAACUAUGUGAAAAAAGGAGACAUUGUGGUGCAUCAGAGAGAUAAAGCAAAUCCUGAUUGUACGACUAAAAAUAAUUCAGAAGAUACAGUCGUCUCUAUGCAAGAAACUAUAGAUAAGUCAAAAUAUCUAAACUGUAAUAAAAGCAAUAUCAUCCAGAUUACUCAUACUACAGAACUUAACCUAAAAAUUGUUAAAAAAUACUCUGUUCAUGUUACAGGAAGUGAUCUGUCAUCUACUGAAAAGAAGUACAACCUGCUAAAUGCUCAUUUUGUAAAUUGUGGAGAAACUCAAUGUAAUUACAAUUUGCAGGAAACUUUGUCUGACUUGACAUGUUUAACUGAAGUUGCUAAAACUGAAAAAGAGUCCAUUGUGCAUCAUGCAGAUGAAAAAGUAAACCUUAACUGUAAUCAAGAAGAAGAAGGAAUAAAUAAUCCAGAAAGUGGUUAUUUAUUACAGAAUGUUCAUUUUGUUGCUGAUAGGGAAACAGUUGCAGAAAGGAAUAAAAUGUAUCAUUCAUUGGCUGGCUUCCAUGCAGAAGAAGAACUAGGUGACACAUUUUCUUGUAAUGGAAUAACAGGUGCUGAAAGUCCGAAAGGAGCAAUCACUUCUGUGACAAAGAGGACUGUGUUAAAUCAAAAUGACUCCUUUUGUGGCACAAACUAUAAAGAAGCCUCUGAAACCAGAAAAGAAAUGCAAAUUAGCGCAAAGGGUUUUCAGACAGCUAGUGGUAAGCCUGUUAUAAUUACUGGUGAAUCUUUAGCUAAAGCAAGGCACCUUCUUUCAGAAGAAACUCUUUUCCUUCAGAGGCAGGAUACUGUUGGUAGCCUUACCGUACCUAGUCUUGAGACUCCAACAAAAGAGAAAAGACAUGAGAAAAUAGACAAGUUGAGGAAAGAGUUUAGAAAAGGAGCUGAACAACAAAGAGAAGUUCUACAUUCUGAUAGGAAUUUUGAAAAGCCUUUGAAUCUGUUGCCAACCACAGUUACACAGACAGAGACGCUUGAAAUUCCAAAAGAACAUUGUUUGGGUUUGACUGUAUCUGAGGCAGAUUUGGUAUUUCAUACCCAACGGGAGAAAAGGUAUACUGCAAAUGAAGGAUUAUUGGGAAAGGACUAUCUGCCACAUUUAUCAAGGAAAAAUUGUAUUUCGCAAUCUGUAUUUAUUGAUUCUGGUGUUCAGCAUUUGUCUGUUGCAGAAGGCUUGGAUAUUGCUGCAAAGCAAGAUCUUGACCACCCAUCAUCGAGAUAUACAAAUAAUGUAUUCAUUUCCAACAUUAAAGAGAGUCUUGAUUCUUUGGAUUUACCUGUUGGUACUUCUUUAGAAGCUAGUUACCUGGAUUUAAAUAAUAAGCAUUCUACAUUGAACCAUUCUCAUCACACAUGCAGUGAGACAGAUUCCCUCCCAGAGAAUUUGACUUGUAUUUCUGAAGAAGCAACUUCAAAAAGCUUUAAUGCAGAAAAUGAUUUCAGUCUUUUUGGAGAAACUGAUCGAAUUGAAAACUCAACAACAAGGAAAUGUACCUUAAAAUUGCAGGAUACCAACAUCAUACAAAAAUAUGCUGCUCCUGAAACAACAGCCUCAUCUUCUAGACUAUUGAAAGCUAGACCAGGUACAUUCAGUACAGCAAGUGGUAAAACUAUUGAAAUUUCCCGAGAAGCUCUGAACAAGGCCAGACAGUUGCUUCAUGAAGACUGUUAUAAAUCUGCGGAACAGAACAUGACAUCUCAGUCAGAAACAAAGAAACAUAAUAUCUUAGAAAGUUGUUCUGAUUCUUCUGACAGUAGAAAGCAUGUUAGUUCAGAUUAUUUAAGUCUAGAAAAAAUUUCAGUGGAAAAAUCAGUAGAACCUAAUGGUCCUAGAGCCAAAGACUAUUGUGAAAAUGAUCAAGCAUUGCCAUCCACUGCUUCCAUCUUAAUGGAUACUAUGCUUAAAUCAAGUUGUCAGACCCCAAAUCUUCAAAAGAGUGACAAAUGUUUUGAUACUUCUCCCUCUAUGAAGCUGACCUGUACAAAGGCAAACAUUUCCACAGAUAAUAAUAUGUUUUUUAGCACAGCAAGUGGAAAACCUGUCAAGUUAUCAGAGGAGUCAUUAAGAAAAGCCAGAAUACUUUUUUCUGAAAUGGAAAAUGAUUCACCACUUCAUCAGAGUCAUGUAUCUGAUGGUAAUUACAGUUAUGAUGAAGUAUCUUCUGCAAAGAAUAAAGCAACUCUUAGGGAUAACAAACCACUCAUGACUCAAGGAAAAAGUGUUCAAAAUAUCAAAGUAAAUUCAAAUAUUCCUUGCGGCUUCAGCACAGCAAAUGGAAAACAAGUCUAUAUUUCUCAGAAAGCUAUCCAGAAUGUUAAGGGACUCUUAAAAGAAUUCACUGAUGACAUUGCCGAUAAUGGUGUCUUUGCUGAUCAACAGAGCUUGGGGCAAGGUCAUCUUUCAACUAUAAAAGCUCCUGCUGAGGAUCCUAAAUUGGAAGACCAGCUAUAUUCAAAAUCUAAGCCACAGGAUAAAGAUAAUGGUCUCAAUUUGACCAUAAAGAAUCCUAAUAAAACGAUCUGUAAAAACCUGUUAAUGUACAAUUCACAUAAUGAAGAAUAUAAGCAACAAACAGGAUUGGGAGAAAGUUCUGUAUGUUUGAAAGAGAUCAAGCCUUUGAAGACAGCCCAAACAUGCCUAAGAAGAACACAAAAAAGCUAUCUAGCAAAAUGUGAUAUUGUAACAGAAAGAGGACUAGAUUUUCGUAGUCCUGUUCACUUCCAGACUCCAGAGAAUUACUUGGAAGCAGAAGCUUCUGAAAGUGCUAAAGCAUUCAUGGAAGAUGAAGAUCUUACUGAUGCAGAAGUUCAGAAAAAUAAAAAUAAAUUUGUUUUGAAUUCUGAGAAAAUUAAUAAUUUUCUGCCAUAUACAAGACCUGGAAAAAGGUGCAUGGAAAAAGAAAACAUGUUUGGAGAACCUCCUAUUAAACGAAAAUUGUUGCCUGAGUUUGAUGAAUCAGAAAGAUCCAAAAAACCAUAUCUGAAAGUCUCAACAAGUGUUCCAGAGGGUACAAUGAAUGACAGGAAAAAAUUUACCUAUGAUAUUUGUUUUAAACCAGUAAUCUGUAGUCCUUUUAGUUCUAUGAAAGAACGGCAAGAAGUGCGGAAUCCAAAUUUCACUACGUCAAAUCAAGAUCUUAAAAGGCUAAAAUCUGGUGGAUUUCAACAGCAGUUUUCAAAGCAACCUUCAACUAGAUCAUCAGAUUUUUUAAAUCAAUUUAGUAGGAUCACUACAGAAGAAGGAAAAAAAUCAGAAAAUCAUAUUGCAAAGAAACCUGUCUUUAUACCACCUUUCAAAACAAAAUCAAGGGGUUCUGAGGAUAAAAUAUGUAGUGGUGAAUACAACAAGAGUAUUAAUAGAAUGGAACAACUUAGCUCUACAAAGGUUCGUGAAAACAACAUUGAUCCAGAAAGAGAUAAUUCCACACAAAAGCCACCUGGAGAGUCGGAAUGCAGAGAAAGAGAUUCAGAUUUGACAAAAAUACUUGCAAAUCUUCAUUAUGCCAGAAAUCUACAAGAAAUGAGAAUAAUGAAGAAACGAAAGCAAAGAAUUUCCCCACAACCAGGCAGCUUAUAUCUUGAGAAAGCCUCUGCCACUUCUAGCAGAAUUCCUUUGAAAGUUGCAGUAGACGGGAGGUUCCCUGUUUCUUACCUUAGUGAACAGCUGUAUGCAUUUGGGGUUUCCAGAGAGUGUGUAAAAGUUAACAGCAGCAAUGCAGAAGAUUUUCAAUUUCACAUCCAGGAUUUUUUCAGCAGAAAAUGUUUUCUAGAAGAACAUGGAAUACAAUUGGCUGAUGGAGGAUACCUCAUUCCUAAUAAUGAUGGAAAGGCAGGAAAAGAAGAGUUCUACAGGGCUUUGUGUGACACACCUGGUGUAGAUCCAAAACUAAUUUCAAAAGCCUGGGUAUACAACCAUUACAGGUGGAUCAUAUGGAAACUGGCAGCUAUGGAAGUUGCAUUUCCACACAAAUUUGCAAACAAAUGUUUGACACCAGAAAGAGUACUACUUCAGCUUAAGUACAGAUAUGACGUGGAAGUGGACAGAAGUCGUCGGUCAGCAAUCAAAAGGAUAACUGAAAGAGAUGAUGUUGCUGCUAAAAGAAUCAUAUUGUGCAUCUCUAAAAUCAUAUCGUUAGGUACAAACAUGUCUCACAUCUGUGGCAAAAAAAGUACUGCUGAGGAGAGCAAAAAAGAAGCAGCAGUGAUUGAAGUUACAGAUGGCUGGUAUGGGAUAAGAGCUGUCUUAGAUGCUUCUCUUCAGUCACUGUUGCGUCGACGGCGGCUGACCGUGGGCCAGAAGAUUGUUCUGCAUGGAGCAGAACUGGUGGGUUCACACGAUGCAAGCGCUCCACUAGAAGCACCAGAAUCCCUUAUGCUAAAGAUUUCAGCUAACAGUACUCGCCGUGCUCGAUGGUAUGCCAAAUUAGGUUACUAUAAGGAUCCUCGGCCAUUUUGUUUGGCCUUGUCGUCGCUCCUCUGUGAUGGUGGGACUGUUGGCUGCAUUGAUGUCAUUAUUCAAAGGGUUUAUCCCAUACAGUGGAUGGAAAAAACAUCAGGAGGAUCCUUUGUGUUUCGCAAUUGUCGAGCUGAAGAAAUAGAAGCUACAAAGCAUGCUGAAAAUAGGCAAAAAAUCCUGGAAGCAUUACUUGCAAAAAUACAGGCUGAAUUGGAAAAGAAAGAAGGUGAAAGCAAAAGAGUAUUGCGAUCCCGCACAUUAACCAGACAGCAGAUUCGGUCUCUACAAGAUGGUGCAGAAUUAUAUGAGGCAAUUCUUAAUGCUGGUGAUCCAGUUUAUGUAGAGGGUUGUUUCAGUGAAGAGCAAUUAAAAUCCUUAAAUAGCCAUAGACAGAUGAUAAAUGAUAAAAAGCAAGCAGAGAUAGAAGCAGAAUUCAAGAAGGCUAUGGAAUCUGUUGAACAGGAUGAACACAGUUCCUGUAAAAGGGAUGUAACUGCUGUACUCAAAUUACGAAUUGUGGAUUACAAAAAUGAAGAAAGCAGCAAAGAAGUUAUAUUGAACAUUUGGCGUCCAUUAUCAGAUGUCUGUACCCUUCUAAAGGAAGGAAGUCGGUAUCAGAUCUUCCACAUAGUGACAUCCCAAUACAAAGGCAAAUCAGAGACUGCUGCUAUACAGCUAACAGCAACAAAGAAAACUCAGUAUCUGCAGCUGGCAGUCUCUCAAGAGGUUCUGUCACAAGUCUACAGACCAAGGGAGUGUCUCAAGUUCAACAUGCUAUUGGAUGCAACUUUCCGACCUGCCUGUUUUGAAGUGGAUUUAGUGGGAUAUAUAGUUUCUUUGAGGAAAGGAAUAGGUUCUUCUACACUAGUGUACUUGUCAGAUAAAGAUCAUCAUCUAAUAUCAGUCCAGAUCUCUGCAGAUCUUAAGCAGCUUGCUAUUGAAGACAUCAUUAUUCCUUCCAUGUUGAUCUCUGCAACUAAUCUUCAGUGGCAACCAAACUUCAAAUCAGAGAUUCCCACCGUAUUUGCUGGGAAUUUUUCUACAUUCUCCUCAAAUCCAAAGGAAGCCCAUCUCCAAGGAGAAUUUAAUGAACUAAGAAAUACUGUAGAGAAUGACACCUGUUUUGGCAAAGAUGCGCACUUCAAUCUGAUGAACUUGCUUCAGGCAGAUGACCCACAAGUGCUAAAGUCACCUCCAGAAUUUGACUUCAGUCCCUUUCCUUCUCCUUGGAAAUCUGGUGCAGGCAGUAAACAUCCAAUUACGACACCUAACAGUGAACAAAGACAUCACAGCACUUUGACAACAGAUUCAAAGCUGUUGGUUUCUUUUGGCUUGGCAAAAUCAACACCAGAACAAGAAACUCUGAGGAACUGUAAGAAGAGAAAAGCAAUGGAUAUGCUUAGUCGGGUGCCUUCUCCACCUCCAGUGAAGCCAAUCUGCACAUUUAUUUCUCCAUCUUUGAAAAGGGCAUUUCAACCACCUCGAAGCACACAGCAUGAAAGAUCACUGAAAGGGACAGAAUAUAAUGAAGUUAAAAAACCUGCCUUGCAAAAAAUCAACGACGGUGGCUUUUCUCUUGAAAAUUAUUUUGUUGCUGAUGAAGAGCUUGCAAUGAUAAAUACACAAACCUUAAGCAAUUUUCCAGAAGAAAGAGGGGUUGAUUCUGUUGAUAAAACUGUGUGUACACGACACAGUGAUUCACCCAGCAAUCUGACGCUAAGAAAUAAUUCUUUCCAGACUGCUGAUAGAAAAAAUAUAUCGGACACUACAAAAGCAGCUGAGACUCCUGCAAAGGAGACAAAUGGAACGAAAAAUUUAUUAGCUGUUCAGAGGGAGUUGCAAAGGCAAGGGAAGUGAAAAUACUAAUGUUCUUGUAUGUUUCCCAUAUGUUUUAAUAUUUAAAUGACCUUUUAAUACUUUGAACAUUGUGAAUGUCUACACAGAUCUGUUUGCAUGUUGCAUAUAUUUCAAUUCAAAAUAAAGACCAGAGAGAUGGUGUAUCCUUCCAAAAAGAUGAAGUCUUAUGGAGGUGCAUGCUACCAGUUCAACAAUGACACUAAUUUUAAUAUUGUUACUGGUUUCAUUUAUUUUUAUCUUAAAUAUCAGAACAUUUAUUUAAAAACUGAGUCACAUUUCCAAAUUCUCAUGGUGUGCACUCUACAGAAGUGUAUGGGACAGUGCAUCAGAAGUCUGGUGGACAGGUAUUGAUAUGAUAUUUCAACACAUUUUCUUUAAAAAAACAUCAUGCUUAUUCUCUUCCUAAGGACACACAAAGAAGUUGACAAUAUUUGGUUUGGAAAAAAAAAUAUAAGAAAAUUCCUUGAUACUUUUAAGAUUUGCUACAGAAAGAAUUUGAUGGCAAGGGUCAAUGAUACAUUUAUUAGACCACUUUUAAAAAAUCACAAACAUGACUGCUUUCAGCUCCAUUAGAGGUCUUUAUUGGGUUGGGCAUCACAGAGCUGUCAAUGGUGGAGGGAGGAAAAAAAAAUUCCAAAAAUUGGCCAGAUGUGCAUGCCAGGUUCUUUUGUUAAAAGUAACUUUCAAAAUGAAGGUU